ACGGUUUCGUUUUGAUUGAAACGCCUAUUAUACCGCAAAACGUUCAACAUUCUCCAUGCUAUCCAUGCAUUCAAUAUUGUUUGCAAUGAAUUUUUUGCAAACGUAAAUUAGAUUGAACGCCUUAUCCCAACGGUUUGUGCACGAUCAACUGAAUACCCAUUCUUCAGUACACGGCAAGCAAUCGCGCAAAGAUGAUCCUUCAUACGAACCCGUAUCGUUUAAUUGUUUUACUAUCAACGGUAGUCUCGGCUUUCGCGGUGGAAUAUGUAUUCAACGCUAAUAUUUGUGGGCCAAAUUCUUACGGAGAAAUCGUCCGUAGGCCAUCGAUCGGUCGACUUAAGGAGUUCCCCUGGUUAGCCCGGCUGGGAUACCGCAGGAAUGGGGUUACCGAGUUUCAUUUCCAGGGAACGCUCAUCCAUCCAUACUACGUUGUGACGACGGUUUUUGCGACGGAUUAUUAUCAGAACACUUUGGAAUUCGUUCGCCUCGGAGAGUACCACACAACGACAGACGAAGACUGCCAGGAGCUUGAUGGAGAUGAAAUUUGCGCUCCUGCGCUGCAGGAUAUACCGAUUGAGCAGAUCAUUAAACAUCCUGAGCACAACAAUCCAAAAUUGGCCAACGAUUUGGCACUGAUCAAGCUUCAACGACCAGCUAAUAUCAGCUCGGAGUUUGUUCGACCAAUCUGUGUCCCUACUGGGGAGGAUUUCCCCCUCACGGAGAACGCCCCACUGUUCAUCGCCGCUUGGUGUGGUAGCAAAAAAUCCGGAAUAUCGGUCGUCCCGCUGCAGUAUCGCAUGCAAAUGGUUAGCGCCGGAUCUUGCGCGCGGAAACUUUCGCCACACGUGGAUAUUGACCUGCACGCACCAUCACAGUUCUGCGCCGCGUUGGAUGUCGACAAGAAAACACAGGAAAAACACAAGGACAUUAGUCUCCGGGGAAGCACCGGGGCUCCUCUGCAAAUGUUGGGCCCGGAUGGACGGGUUUUCCUGGUGGGAAUGACUUCGGUUGGGGUGAGGAAUGCCGCGCUGGAUACACCGUAUGUGUUUGUUAAUCUGGUUCGAAUGGCCGGCUGGCUCGAGCAGACAGUGAUGAAUGAGGAACAGAAUCGGUUGAAUGCGCGGGUGCAAUAAGGCCGAAUGGACAAACAGAAAUAACCAAAAUAUAUUGGUGAUAAAAAAACGUCAUCGACUGUUUUUACGAGAACAGGUUUUUUUUUCUUAAGAUCAACUGGAUUCGAAGCAGCCAUGACGUCGAUUGUUGGGUUGCUGGUGCAAGCAAUGCUGGAGACCGCGUGUAUGCAGCGGAGUGGAAGAAGGGGAAUGAUUGAUGUUUUCAUUAUCAUCCGUUUUAUGUGCUCGUGACGAAUGAAUUGGAAUUGCCUUGAUGAUGUGGAAUAGAUUGUUGAAUAUUGGCGAAAAGAAAUCUAUUAUUCAAAUAAAAUAUAUUGUUUACUUUUU